AAUCACCAUUAGAGAAGACAUUUCUCUGAGAUUUUGGGGCUGUGGAGUUAGAAAUGAUACCAAUCGAAUCGUCAUUGCAAAGAGUUCCUUCAAGCUUUCUAAUCCUCUCGUUGAAAGAGUUAGCUCAAGCUUAUGAAGUGCUUAGUGAUCCGGAGAAGCGUGAGAUUUAUGACGAGUAUGGUGACGAUGCACUCAAGGAAGGAUUGAUAGAUGAUGAACAAGGAAGAUACUCUCAAUUCAGUGAGGAUUUUCUUCUAAGCAAUCCAUGUGAUGGAGGAGACAGCUCCUUGCUUACUCUUUCUGGGGACGCUUCUUCUGAUCUUGACCUUGGCUGUCCUAAUGACAACUUCUCCUUAACAGAGCAAUUGGAACUGCAGUUUUUGUCUGAUGAGCUUGAGUUAGGCAUCACAGACAGUGCUGAAACCCCAGACUUGAUGAGAUCUACCAAGUGAAUCAUGGCCAAAACUGUGUUCCUGCAUCAAUGUCUGCUACUGCAGAGCUUUCUCC